GUUAGGCUAAAAUGUCAGAAUUAAUAAAGCGGAAGGUAUCCUAUUACUAUCACCCAGAUGUUGGCAACUACCAUUACGGAAACCAGCAUCCAAUGAAACCCCAUCGUAUGAAGAUGGCUGAUUCUAUAAUCAGGAGCUACGGAAUGAUGGAUGAGUUGGAAGAUAUGACCGUAGUCGAUGACCUGAUAGAAGAGAUAGAUCUUACUAAGUUUCAUGCUGAUGACUAUAUUGACUUCUUAAAGGGUAUCACACCAGAGAAUGUCGCGAAGUACUCAGAUCAGCUUCUAAGAUUCAAUAUUGGUGAAGAUUGCCCUAUCUUUGAUGGCCUCUACGAUUUCUGCCAAAUGUACACACAUGGUUCAGUAAUUGGAGGUACAUGGCUGAACCAAGGUAAAUCGGAUAUUGCUAUUAACUGGUGUGGAGGACUACAUCAUGCUAAAAAGCAUGAGGCUUCUGGAUUCUGAUAUAUUAACGACUGUGUACUGGCCAUUCUUGAGAUGCUGAAAUAUCACCAGAGGGUUCUAUACAUUGACAUCGAUGUCCACCAUGGAGAUGGAGUUGAAGAAGCGUUUUACACCACAGAUAGAGUCAUGACACUGUCCCUUCAUAAGUUCGGAGAGUACUUCCCUGGGACUGGGGCCAUUGAAGAUGUAGGAUAUGAGACUGGAAAAUACUAUGCUGUCAACUGCCCGUUGUCAGAUGGAAUGGAUGAUGACCAUUUUGAAUACGUUUUCAGGCCGAUAGUUGAUGAGAUCUUCUCAAAUUUCAGGCCAGAAGCUGUUCUCCUCCAGUGCGGAGCAGAUAGUCUUUCAGGAGACAGGCUUGGUUGUUUCAAUCUUUCAGCAAGGGGACAUGGAGCCUGUGUUGAAUAUAUUAAAGGCAAAAACGUUCCAAUCCUUGUGACAGGAGGUGGAGGAUAUACCCUCAGAAAUGUUCCCAGGGUCUGGGCUUAUGAGACUAGUGUUUGUCUAGGAGUGGAUAUUCCUAACGAGUUCCCAGAGCACUGUGAGUACAGAGAAUACUUCGCUCCAGAGUAUAAGCUUCAUAUGUCUACUAGCAACAUGGAAAAUCUUAAUUCAAGAUCAGAACUAGAUGAGAAGAUAGCUCAGAUUAAAGAAAAUUUGAAAAAUGUGAGUGCUAGGGGUGUCGACCUUUCAAGUUACCACAAUGGGCAUCAGAAGGUUCCAGAUCACCUCGAUUACGAUGAGAGUAAACUUAGAGAUAAGAUUGAGGAGAAGAAGCAAGAUGAGAACACAGACACUAAGACAUAAUUAUUAACCUAUCUUUACACCUGGAAUUGAAUUAUUCAACU